GAAAAAUGUGGAACUCAAACCAGUAUUCAAAUUAUGGGGGCUCAGGUGGAUAUCAUCAAACUUCGAAUUACGGAAACAGCUAUGGUGGAGGGCGCUCAACUCAGAAUUAUAAUCGAUCAUCACAAUCACAAGGCGGAAGUAGUGGAGCCUACAACACAAGUACAGCUCCGCGUGUUUUUACAGGCCACGUAACGAAGCUGCAAGAUUCUUUUGGCAUCAUCGAUAAAGAUGUCUUUUUUCAAUUCACUGUUGUGAAAGGGAAAGUUCCCCAGCUGAAUGAUAAGGUACUGGUGGAAGCAGUGUUCAACGACGUCUUGCCUUUCAAGUGGCAUGCCACUAGUGUGCAAGGACUGGGACCAGGUAGUGGCGGUGGUAGCAGUGGGUAUGCUGGAAGUAGAGGGGCUUCCUCAAAUGUGCAGAGAUCCAGCAAUGGAAGUGGAUACCACCAGCAACCAACUGAGCAUCUUGGCAGAAGCUCAGGCUCUGUUGCCUCGAACUAUAGAUCCUCACAGCCCGAUUACUCGAAGAGUUCGCGGUAUGGAGGGUCUUCUCGGUAUGACGUAUCCCCCGAAAAAUCCUACUCGGGCAGUUCUUACCGAAAUGUGAGCAGUAGUGGUUACGACAGCCGAAGUUCUGGAGGUGGUAGACGAGAUGCCACUUACGAUUUCAGCAGUGGGCGCCAGGACGCCAGAAGCAAUAUUCGAGGUGGCGCAGCAGCUGAUUCGAGAAGCUAUCGAUACGAUCGUGAGGAUAAACGUAGCAAGGAUUAUUCCACGGAAAAGGUAUCAACUCGAGACGAUUAUGAUAAGUCUAUAAGACAGGCGAGACCUGCAGCAAGAUCUCGAUCUCCUCAGCGAGAGCCUUCAGUUGAGUAUGUCCGCAGUAGUGGAUACCAGUCACGAAAACGCAGUCGGAGUAGGUCGGAUGCGAAGUCGACUAGUCGAUAUCAUUCAGUCAAGUCCAGGGACGGUAGCGUUUCAUCAAGUCAUCGAGAUCGAAGCUCGCGAGAAAGAACUACGGGCGACAGUUUCAAACGUGUCAGUUUGAGAUACAGUGUGAAGCCUCCUCGGUUUGCUCUGAACGUCGAUGGUGUUGACUUCACUGAAAUGCGACGAAGAUUCGAAGGAAUUUCAGUCCCCUCUAAUUUUGCGCAUCUUAAGUUCUCAUACCAGCAAACAUUCCCGAUGGGUAAAAAGAGUAUGGGACUCGGACAUUUAGUUCGAUAUCACAUUAUGGAUCCAUCGGCGGAAAAUCCUAGUGGAAUGAACGAGGUUGCAAAGAUUCCCGAAGACUGCAAUUCAGAGGUGUUCGUGUCCGUCAUGUUGAUGGGAUCCCAGUCUUUGGAUGAUCUGUACGCUAACUGCUGCAGGAUGUCGGGAAAUUCCUCAGACAACAUGCAACACAUGACUAAAGUGGUGUCAUUCUUAAUGGGACAGAAAUCCAACAAAGACUUGGAACUCGUGGGAGGAGAGUGGUCCCCCUCUGUGGACGGAGAAGAUCCCAAGGGCAAUCCGGCAGUGCUGAUCAACACGGCUAUCAGAGUGGCGAAGACUAAGGCAGGCAUCGACUUGUCGAGAUGCGCGAAUUGGUAUACAAUUGCGGAACUAUUCUUUGUCAAGCCUGGCGAUAAGUUAAAAGAUGAACCUGACACGCUACAGCGCCGAGUUAUCUUCGUGCCAGAUAUCUGGAACCUAAUGCCAAGCGAGAGCGAAUGGGAAGAAAUAAAGGAAACGUACAAGCAGUUCGGAGAAAGCAAAGCACUUGAGUUAGAACCACCGCCGCCGCCAGCGACAGUUCAGCCUACCGAAGCAGACUCGGCCGCAGAAAAGAUUUUCGAUAAAGUUAUGGAAUCUUCCGCUGAAGAUUCGGAAGUUGUCGAUGAUGUAACAGCAUCCCAAGUGGAACAUUCCACUCCUCAAAAUGAAACAUCUCCGCAAAAGGGAAAAGAUGGCGAUGUCGGAACAAAGACUCCCCUGACUCCCACAAGCAUGAAAGUUGCCGAGUUGAAAUCAGAGUUGGCAUCUCGAGGUCUGGACACAAAAGGACUAAAGAAUGCUCUGGUGCAGCGUCUAGAAGAAGCAAUUGCGGGCGAGGAUGAGUCCAAACCAAAAGCGACAUCCAACAAUACCACAGUGACCCCAGCAGAAGCGGAAAAAGAGAAUGGAGAGGAGAAUAUGGAUCAGGAAGUGCAAUCAGAAGAAGCGUCAAUUGAGCCGAAAGCUUCGGAUGAGGUCAUCAAAGCGGGAGGAGCUGAGAGUGAGGAAGCAGUUCCUAUUCAGGAUGUGUCCGACCAAAACAUGGAAGAUGCGACUGCGUAUGAAGAAGUGACAUUGCAACCAGACGAGACAGAAAUGUUGGAUGUGAGUGAAAAGGGAGAAGACGCCGACUUGGAGAAGAAGAGGGGCAGUAAAGAAGACGCAGAAAAGGAUAGUGAUAAGAGUGGUGGGAAGGAGAAGGGAGUGUCUGAGUUCCUGAAGGAAGAGGAGGAUAGACAGAAGGAGGAGGCUGAGAGACUGGCCAAUGAGAUCAGAGAGGAGAAGGAGAGGAAGGAAAGAGAGGAGGCGGAGAGAGCGAGGGCCAAGAAGGAAGCGGACCGACUGGAAAAGGAAAGAAAAGAAAAGGAGGAAGAGGAGCGAAAAGAGCGAGAGAGGAAACACAAACAGGAGCAGAUCAGGAAGAUGUACCAGCUGCCGGAGAAGCCCCAUCUGAUAGUGCAUCCCCCAAAGACGACAGGUGUCGAAGGAGAGAGCGACAAGGAGUCGGGAGGCGCCAAAUUGAAGAGUGUAUCAUACAGCUCCCUACUGGACAAGGUCUACGCAGAGUCUAAGGAGGACGCCUUCACGCUGGAGGUGUUCGCGGAGUGUCUGUAUGAGAUGUUGCAGCGUGACUUUUGUUACGAAAUCUACAGGGCUCUGGAACAUGCACCCGAUCCAGAAGUGAUCAAGAAGAAGGCGGAGAUCGCCAGGAAGGAGCAGGAGGUCAAAGAGGCUGCUGAAAGGGCACGCAAGCAGGAGGAAGCUAGACUGAAGAAAGAGGAAGAGGAAAGAAUCGAGGCGGAGAGGAAGGCUAAAGAAGAAGGCGAAAAAGCAGAAAAGGAAGAGAAAGAAAAAGAGGAAGCGGACGGCGACAUUGAAGAGUCUAUGGACACUGCCGCGGAAGUGAAAGCAGAAAAUGGCGAAGAGAAAAAUGAGGACACAGUGGCGAAAUCAGAAGAGGACAAAGAAAAAGACGACGAAAUUGACAAUACUGGGCCUCCAAGCAACAAGCGACUGAAGAGUGAUGCGGAAGCCACUGCAGUUGACGAUGGCGACAAAGUCGAGAACAAGAAGAUUUCGGGAUCCAAAAAGGAGAAGGAGGAGUCUGUGAAAAAGGAGAGUGAUGAUAAAGUAAAGGAAGAGGACAUAAGUGUAGUUGUUAAAAAGAAAAUGGUGUCCAAAACUGUCUACCCACAGUUACUUCUGGCUUUCUCAUUCUUCGAUCGAUCCUUCUCUGGAUAUAUUAAACAGAGAGAUCUGGAAGAGUGUCUGGAUGCUCUGGGAUUGGGUCUGAGCAAGGCCCAGCUGAAGUACUUGGUUGGUAAGGUGGCUAAAUUGGACAUGGUCAACUACCAGGACUUGACUGACGAGAAAGUGGAAGAAGGAGCGAGCUACGCGUUCAAGUAUUACACCGACAAUCCACUUGGUAACACCUCAGAGUACAAAAGUGACCAUGCCUCCCCAUCCGCUGGCUCCUCGGCGUCUGUGAGUGGAGACUUUGUGCAGUUCCAGGGCACCACGGUGAACUUGAGGAAUGUGAUGGGCCAGGCGGAUGUGUUGCAGAGUGAGAAUGAUGUGCUCAAUUCCAGAGUGCUGGACUUGGAGAAAGACAACACUGCCCUGAAGAACAAGUUUGACAUUGAGGCGAUGGAGUGUGAGAAUCUGAGGAAGAAGUUAGGGGAGACGAAGACCACCCUCUCCCAAACAGCCAAUUCGAACGCCCACCUAUCCAGGACACAAGAAUCCCUCAAACGACUGAUGAAGGACAACGCAUUCACCCUGGAGAGUACCGCGAAGCUAAUCAACAAAAAAUUGGAGGACCUAGAGCCCAAAGAAGAACAGACAGAGAGUGCAGUCACUUCAGCAGAAGAAAUUAAGAAGUAAACUCAAUUUAUGUUCAGUUAAUUUAAACAACAAAUUCAAAAAAAAAACUCCGUCUCGAUUCGCAAGUAGUGACUGAUAUGUUAUAUCACUUCUGUUUAAUUGAUGAUCUGUAUGUUUGAUUUGAUGUACUACUACUGUAAAUCUCCACGUGUUGCAUAUAAUCCAUCUUUUCAUGCG